UCGAAAAACCCUCCUUAUAAAAUGCGAACAAGUAUCUCAACCUUCUCGCAUGCUGUCUUCCUCUCCUCUAUAAACAUUUGUCUGAAGCGGAAAUUUCAUUCCCCAAGUGGAAAUGGCGGAACCAGAAGCCAGACCACCCACCGAUCAACCGGUUACGGAAGAUGAGGAGAAAAAGCUCAAAUAUCUCGAUUUCGUCCAAGUUGCCGCAAUUUACGUCGUCGUAUGUUGCUCCGCACUCUACGAGUAUGCGAAGGAAAACUCCGGUCCUUUAAGACCCGGGGUUCAGACAGUCGAAGCAACCGUCAAAACCGUCAUCGGUCCGGUCUAUGAGAAAUUCCGUACGGUCCCGUUCGAGCUUCUCAAGUUCGUGGAUCGCAAGGUGGACGCAUCCAUAAUCGAGUUGGACCAUCACGUGCCGGGAAUUCUAAAGCAGAUAUCGCGCCAAGCUUGGAUAGCAGCUCAGGCGGCUCCAGAAAUGGUGCGGCAGCUGGCAUCGGAGGUGCAGAAGAACGGCUUGGUUAACACGGCUUCAGAAAUCGCCAAAACUGCCUACACCAGGUACGAGCCUGUGGCGAAGGAACUCUACGCCAAGUACGAGCCAGUAGCCGAGCAGUACGCAGUCGCGGCUUGGCGCUCACUGAACCGGCUCCCUUUGUUCCCCCAAAUCGCUCAUAUCAUGGUCCCAACGGCUGCCUACUGGGCCGAGAAGUAUAAUCAAGCCGUUGCAGAUGCCGCUGAGAGAGGGUGCACGGCGUCGUAUUACCUGCCAUUAGUGCCCAUUGAGAGAAUCGCCAAAACAUUCGGAGAAGCCGAGAAUGUCAAUGAAGCCGCUGUUUCAGUCAAUGGUGAAUACGUCGCCGUGUCGUCAUAAAUCCUGCGUCGUUUCCAAUCGAGUCUUGUUGGGAGAGAGGGGUAUUUUGGUAACAUCCCAAAAUUUCAUUGUACUGUUCGGAAAUUUGGUUUAAAUUAGACAGCCUCAUUGAGGUUGUCUUGAGGACAUUAGCAUGGUGAUUGUUCUUGUGAUUUGAGUGUUUUGGAGAUAGAGAGAGAAAAAUAGAGAUAAAUAAGUGUGUUUUGAAAAUAGAUUAUAUGUUUGGA